AAUCAAAAGCAGCGCCUUUUUGGGGCUGCCCGUUACAUUUUGAGUCUGUGCUAAUUAUUUUUUUACGACCACAGACUCAUGAAAAGAGUACGAAAAUGAGAUAAUAAUAACAGCCAUGAAGCAUAGGAAAUAGAAAACAAACGGUGUUUGAUGUUUUUUUUUACGGCAUCCCCAUUUUUUAAGGCCGCGAGCAACGCAAGCUUUGAUAGACAUCAUUAUAAAUAAUAUUCUUAAGUUUAGUUUAUUGUGUUAUACCGAGCAACAAUGUCAAACAACGGCACCCGCAAGCGUUCCCUGCCGUCAGCGCCGCGCGGCAAGCCACGCAAGCCGCGCAGGCAGCUCUCCGAAGACGAGGACAGCGACCACUCGGCGACGUCGGAGCCGAGAGACCAGCAGAGAACGCCCUCGCCGAUGGGAGACGAGCCUACUGUCAAGUUACCAGAGGAGCUGCUGAAGACGUUCUACAAGACUCCCGGAGUGCUGAUGAUCGCCGGCCUGGUGUCCUGGGACCUGACGGCCAAGAAGGAGAACGCGACCGCUCGCACCCAUCCCAACCUGUACACUUUCCAUCGGCUCACAGACCGCAAGUACCGCCUGAUCGUGAGCUCCUGCAGCGCGGGGCACUCCAUUCUCAUUGGUGAAGAUGGUACAGCUUAUACUUUCGGUCGCAACGGCAGCGGUCAGCUGGGCUUCGGCGACACGAGCACCCGGAACGUGCCUGAAGCCGUGCCAGCCCUGCACGGCUUGAACAUCAUCCACGCGGCCGUCGGCCGACACCACUCGCUGUUUGUCACAGAUACGGGCACGGUGUACGCUUGCGGCGACAACAAGAGCGGCCAGUGCGGGCUGGGCAGCAGCUCCCGGCAGGUGCUCAAGCCAACUCGCAUACGAUACACCGGCAAACCAAUCGUGAAGGUGGGUUGCGGGGCGGAGUUCUCCAUGAUCCUGGACUGCAGCGGCGGGCUGCACUCGUUCGGCCUGCCCGAGUACGGACAGCUGGGCCACAACACCGACGGCAAAUACUUCGUGACGUCUACGAAGCUCUCGUACCACUUCGAGACGGUGCCGCGGCACGUCGCGCUGUUCUUCGAGAAGUCCAAGGACGGCCACGUGGUGCCGGUCAAGGACGUCGACAUCGUGGACUUCUCCUGCGGAAACAACCACACGGUGGCCAUAGACUCGAAGAAGCGCGCGUUCAGCUGGGGCUUCGGGGGCUUCGGUCGCCUCGGUCACGCCGAGCAAAAAGACGAGUCCGUACCUCGCCUUAUCAAGUAUUUCGGUACUACGGCGCGCGGCGUGCGCUCCGUGCACUGCGGCUCUACCUACAGCCUCGCUGUUAAUGAGAUCGGUACUCUAUUCCUGUUCGGGCAGACCAAACGCACCGGAGAGGCGAACAUGUACCCCAAGCCCGUUCAGGAUCUCACCGGUUGGAACAUUCGUAGCAUUGGUACAAGUAACACGUCCAUCGUGAUCGCGGCUGACGAUUCCCUCAUAGUCUGGGGCGUGUCCCCGACCUAUGGGGAACUGGGCACCGGUGAAAUCACCAAGUCAACCGCCAAGCCCAAAGAGGUAACCCGCAUGGAGGGGACCAAGGUGACCCAGGUGACCAUGGGCUACUCGCACUCCCUGCUGCUCUGCGAUGACUCCACGGACGAGGUGAAACAGAAGCUCGCCACCAUGCCUGUCUUUGACCCUUAGAUUCGGUAACUGUAACCAUAGAGAAA